AUGUUGGGAAAAGAAGAAGAACAGCAAUAUGGCCAGAAUGGUAAGGGAAUGGAAAAUGAACUACCCUUUAUGAAGAGGCCUUGGUUUAAAAAGGCUUAUGAAAAUGCUAUUGAAUUUCAUGAAAAAGACGAAUUGCUGGAUGCAAGAGACAGGCUGGAGUUAUCGAAGGCCUAUAGAUCCAUUGCUAAAGCUGAGAUGUGGGGUGGUUGGCUUGGGUUUUCAGCUGUAUUUUUAACUCCAUUUGCCUAUCGUUACUACAAGACCAAGGCUAUUAAAGGUGUUAAGGUGCCGAGGAAUUUUGUCUUGGGUGUAAUGGCUUUAUUUUUUGCUACAAAUUUUGCUGGUAGGUCCAUGUAUACACGACAGUUGAACGAACGUGACCCCACAGGUGUUUUGAAGGAUAACUAUUCCAACAAAUAUGGUGACAACGACUUUGGAGCCUUUCAACAUGAUCAAACAAAAGAAAUUCCGAGAAAUCAAAGGCAGUACAAUAUGAUGCGCUUAUUAGAUUCAGGCUCCCCCUCAAGGUGGUCGAUGUACUUUUACAUAACGUACCAAAAUCCGGAGAGAAGAUUGCCAGACCCGAAAGUCAAACUGCAGCAAAUGAAAAAAGGCGGAGUUUUUAACGGCUCGCCCUUUAUGAACCAAAGGGAUCCUAUAGGAUUGUAUCGUAAUAAGGGUAGAAAAUCUCCUGACCCAAUUGAAGGAGAGCAAAACGACAGUCCUGUUCUGUCUUCCUGGGAAAAAAUCAGGAACGGCGACAACAGUUCGUCUUCAUCAUGGGAAAAUAUAAGGAACACCAGUAGAGAUCAGUCGCAGGAAUCAGAUGCUUCAGUGGAUCAUGAAUCCGAUAUAUUUAUCUCAGGAUUUUCUGACGAUGGUAAUGCUACCGAUAAUUCCUCUUCUGAUGACAAAUAUCAGCGUUUACUGCAGAGCGGGAGAUAUGGUGGGAACCGCUCCUAG